AUGUUGUGAUUGUUUAAAUUGUUUUCCACAAGCAAUAAUUAUUGUUUAUUGAGAAGAGCAAACGUGUUUCAAACAUGGCGCUACCAGCAGCGCAGCCUGCCGAGGUGCUCAGAGCCUGGCAGAAGGACGACAUGUACGAGAAGCAACUCGCAGGCUCCUUAUCCCGGCUCCUACCUCCCAGGCACGCUCCAAAGGCCGUACCCUUAUCUUUUCUACUAUUCAAGUCUUUCACCACCCUCAAAGACCUACAGACGCUUGGCGAAGAGUACUCCGGCAUCGUCCAAGUGGACGAAUCAUACCACAAACUGCCAACAUUCAGCAACAGAUUACUGAGCAUCCUGCUAUCGGCAUUUGGCGAAAACAUAACCAGAAGAGCUCUAAGGCACAUGGAAAUACAGACACAGCGGAACGCGAGUCUGACUCCUGAAGCUCAGAACACUUUUUUAGUAAUUCUUAAAGCUAUGAAUAGCAUUGUGCCACAAAUCGAGAGUAUACAUCGGGCACUUUGUUACAUUAGUGGUGGGCCAAUACAGAUAGGAAAAGCUGCCUGUGGUAUUGAUUAUGUUCAAGUGAGGCCUGCUGCAGCAGCUUACUAUGCGCAUUUGAAGUUACUAGGCAUUGUGACAUUGCUACAUGCAUUUAUCUCAUGCGGGCAAAGUCUACAUCAUGCUAAAAAGCACAUGGAUCAGAUGAGAGAGCUACCAAAUGAAGUAGACAGCAGCAAAUCCUGUGUGGCGUGCUUGGAAGAGAUAGUGCAGCCGUGUGUACUGCCAUGCGGACACAUAUUCUGCAUGAAUUGUUGUUACGGAUCCUUAGACAGUUGUGCAUUGUGCCGGACUACUUUUACAAAGAAUAUGGUCAUUCCUUUGAUGAACUAUUCUCCUGGUGGAGACGGAUAAUUAGAAAUCUGAAGAAUCGGUUUUAAGGUUAAUUUAUUUACAGGCUGUGGGUUUUGCAAUAAAAAUAUCAAAUUGUUAACAAAGUCUUUGUUUAUUAUAUCUUUCAAGAUGCAACACAUGGAAAUUUAACUAUGAGAAGCAGAAAUACGUUCACAGCUUGAACAUUAUUUACCUACUGAAAUUGGACACAAAUCUAUUGAGUCUAAUCUAAUGUGUUAACCCUGGGUACUAAAAGGUUAAAGAGAAAUAUUGAAAGAAACAUUCAAAUAAUAUCUUUAGGCAAAUAUUUAAAUUCAUCACAAUAAAUUAGGACACAAUAAUCUUUUGUUAAGUAACAAACCUUUGUAGACUACCUCAUCAUUAUACUAUCUACUUUUAUAAAUACUUAA